CGCCUAAGUCGGAGCCACCCAAAUAACAGUCUUGUCUACACCGAUGAACCAAGCGGGAAGAUGUACACCAUCCCGCCUGGCACGCCAGUGGGCUACUCAAGCUACUUCCUGCACCGCGAUCCCACCAUCUUCCCCGAGCCGGAUGAGUUCCGCCCUGAGAGAUGGCUCAAUAUCUCCCCACUUGAACGGCAGAAGCUAAAGGCACAUGCUAACAGUUUCGGCAGGGGAACGAGACAGUGCAUGGGUGUGAGACUGGCGUAUGCGGAGCUGUAUCUCACUCUUGGCCACAUGUUUCGGCCUUUGGGCAGGAAAUGGAGUUGGAAAAUACGGUGUAUAAGAGGGAUGUUAAGUGUAUGA